CACACGAUUAGCUAGCUUGUGAUAUCGAUUUCUUGUUGGCUAACCCUAGGUGCACACAAGCUUUAGUUCGUUGUGUAAUGUGUACAAAUCAACACAUCUGUUUGGGGAUAUUGGCUAUUUGAUUUGAAAUACGACUUCAACGAUCGCUAGCUGUGUCCUUGUAUAUGCUGGCUAUGUAGCGUGUGUGUCGGCAAGCUAAACACAAAUUAAUUCUAUGCCGCCCCCGCCUACCCCUUGAAUUCACAUGAAUCGUGUGUCUCUGUUUUAGGACUUCAAAGGCGAAUCUGAUUUGUCAAGAAUGUCCCAUAGUAAUCUCAGUUGCGCUGUGUACAAUGAGAAGGAUGGCAAUCCCCUUUAGAGCCAUGGUGUAGUCAGCCAUUUUGUCUGUGGCGUUGUCAGUUUGGCGAAAGAACAUCAUUUAACUCCAGGAAAUGAAUCAAAAUCGAGACUGCCAUCAAUACAAUAAACAACUGUGGUCCAUAGUAACAAUGUCUGGUCCACUGGCUUAUAUUUUUUUUACGUUGAAUUGAGCGAUGGCUAGCUAACCUUGGGCGAAAUAAAGCAGAAUGGGAAUCGGUUGAAUACACCUGAAAUGCGUUUAUGGUCGGGAAGGUCACAGAACUCGUUCUAGACAACUGUCGUUCGAACGAGGGAAAAAUCGAGGGUCUCACAGAUGAAUUUGAAGAACUGGAAUUUUUAAGCACAAUCAACGUAGGCUUGACGUCCGUCGCAAACUUGCCCAAGUUAAACAAACUUAAAAAGCUUGAGCUCAGUGACAACAGAAUCUCAGGAGGGCUGGAAGUGCUGGCAGAAAGAUGCCCGAACCUCACACAUCUCAACCUCAGUGGCAACAAAAUCAAAGACCUCAGCACAAUGGAACCUCUGAAAAAGUUGGAAAGCCUAAAAAGUUUAGACCUGUUCAACUGCGAGGUGACGAACCUGAACGACUACAGAGAAAACGUGUUCAAGCUGCUUCCUCAACUGACGUACCUGGAUGGGUAUGACAAAGAGGACAAGGAGGCACCGGACUCUGACGCUGAGGCCUAUGUGGAAGGCCUGGAUGAUGAUGAUGAUGAUGAAGAUGAGGUAGAGGAGGAAGAAUAUGAUGAAGAGGCUGCACCAGGAGAUGAGGAUGAAGAGGAAGGUGAGGAAGAGGAGGAGGAUGAAGAGGAAGGAGAAGAGGAAGAAGAGGAUAUCAGUGGAGAGGAGGAAGAGGAAGAAGAGUUGAAUGACGGAGAGGUAGAUGACGAAGAUGAGGAUGACUACGGUAAGUUAGAUGAGGAAGAGCGGGGACAGAAAAGAAAAAGGGACCCUGAGGAUGAAGGUGAAGAUGAGGAUUAAGGCGUCUGACCUGCUCAGUCCUCUUCAGUUGUGACCUGACUGUUUUAACCCUGUAUUUCCCUGUAUUUUCUAAAAUGUCAUGUUGCAGUGGGAAUGGGUGGUGUUAACUUGGUGUGGUGUGGGCGGGGUGGGCGAGGGAUACUUUUUUUGUUUUUUGUUUCGUUUUUUUAUUGUAAUUCCCAUUAUUUCUCCUUUUACUGUUUUCUUUAAACCGUACAGAAAGACAAUAGUAGUAAUUUCUUCACAUCAGAAUGGACAGUACACCCAGUGUAAAGAUCCCCCCCCCCUUACUUGUGUUAUUGAUGCCUAAAUGUGUAUACAGAUUGCUGAUGACUUGUGUAUUUAAAGAUAAAAAAAUAUAUACCAAAAACUUUUUAGAGUGCAUGUUUGAGUAUAUUUUAACGUUGACUUUUUUUCUUUUUUAUUUUCAAAAAAAUGACCCCAACCUACUUUUUUUUUUUUUUUUUUUUUUUUUUCCUCCCUUUAUCUUAGUUUAAAAUGUGCAUCUGUGAUGUCAUCAGAAUGUUGUAUGUGCUGUUUAGGCAUGGUGACAAAUGCACCAUUCUGUCAGUUGGAACAUGCACAGAAAUCACUUCUGUGUGUUCCCUUGGGAAUGUCUGCCAUUAUCAGAAAAUGCAUUAUACCCCCCCUACUCCCUCUUGGAUAGUUGUUUUUUUUUCUCUGUAAAUAGUGACCAAAAUCCGUUCUCUAUUGCUUUUGAUAAAGGCAGACAUUUCAUGAUUAAAUUCAGCUGUAACAAUUCUCUGUAAUAAAAUAAAUUCAAAUAUCUGUGUAACUUGGCCUGUAAACUACAGUAACCUACAGUAUUCUGAAGACAGAAUCUGUACAUGUAUUGGUCAUUACCUUUUCAAAUGCAGAGAAUAUAGACGCAUUUUGGGCACAGCCUGAUAUUUGGGCUCGUGUUCUUGCAUUCAAUGGCAUAUUGCUAGUGCAAAAUUGUAUUUUCUUACCCUUGCAGUCAGUGAAUGGCUCUUCAAGCCUCAUGAAUGUAUAGUUUCUUUUCAUAUCCUUAAAGUUAGUUUAUCCUGUUUUGUUUUGUUUUAUUUUGUCAUCUGUACAGGCAAACGUUUGCUAAACUUUCUCUUAAGCCAAACUUUUAGUUCUCUUUUGUCAUUCAACAAUUUCAAUAAAUCCUUUUUUAUA